CCAAACAACAGUUUCCAACAGCAACUACUAUUACACUUGUCAGUGUGGUAAUCUACAUGCAUGCAAACAGACACAUACCACAACCGCCGCACAGUGCUGGGGAACCUUACAAAGGAACGCCAGCUGCCUCUUCACUUUGGUUGCGACCUCGGAUCGACCCAAGUCAGAUGCCAUCUCCGAUAGACAUGAUAGAAUCGGACAAGGAGAAAUGGGAAGGAAAUUCAUUCAUGACGUUACCUGGGAACAAUCCACCACUAUCAACAUCCGACUUCACAGCGUUUGACCAAGGAAACUCAAGCCCGAAACACGUGAGAUGUUUCCAGCCAUUUGCAGAUCUUGAUCCUCGCGAAGAGCCUAUCCCAGUCGUGGACUGCGGUGAUUCAGGUCCCCCUCGGUGCAAGGAGUGCAGAGGGUACAUUAACCCAUGGUGUGCAUGGACUGCCGGCGGAUGGAAAUGGAAGUGUAAUCUUUGCGGUCACGAAACUCAAGUGUUGCCGGAUUAUUUUUGCAAUUUGGACGCAAAUCUUAUGCGAAUAGAUCUUCCAAAUCGCCCUGAAUUGAACAAGGGGACUGUUGACUUCGUGGUCUCAGGAAAAGAAUAUUGGGCGCCUCCACCUCUGCCGAAGAUGAAUUCAUCCCUAAAUCCCCUGAACUGUUUUUUUGCGUUUGACGUCUCGCUGGAAGCCAUACGAUCGGGCUUUCUUAAGGCUACUUGUGAUGUUCUGCGAGAUAUGCUCUACGGCAGUACCUCCCUUGACGGAACUUUGCCAGAGCCGUCCUUCCCAAAAGAUUCUCAGCUUGCGAUUCUGACAUAUGACACCUCUCUACACUUCUAUGAUCUGUCUCCAGCCUCGUCAUUGGCAAGCAUGAUUGUGGUUUCCGACUUAGAGGAAGUAUUUGUUCCUUUGCGUGAGGGCUUGUUUGUAGAUCCCUGGAAAUCCAGAACCGCCAUCGAAGGUCUACUUAAGGCAUUACCAGAACGUUAUCUAGAUACCGUCAUUGAUAAUGCAGCGCUUGGGGGAGCGCUGCUUGCUGGGCUAGCUUCGCUCGCAGGCCGAGGGGGCCACAUCAUUGCUUUCCAGAGUGUCUUACCUGUAAUUGGACCCGGUGCUCUUGAACCACUACAUGAUCAGGCGUCAUUAUAUGGCACGGAAAAAGAGCGAACUAUGUUCCUCCCUCGUCAUCAGACAUGGAGAGACAUUGCUGAGGAGUGCUCAGAGGAGGGUAUUGGCGUCAGUAUGUUCCUUGGGAUGAGCAAACCUAUCGAUAUUGGAUCUAUCGGCAUUGUAUCCUCUACCACUGGCGGCGAACUGUUUUUCCAUCCUAGGUUUAAUCCUGCACGAGAUCAACACGUUUUGACUUCCCAACUACGGCGUUUACUAACUCGCACGACAGUAUACAAUUGCUUAUUGCGCGUGCGAUGUUCCAAUGGCCUGCGAAUAUCAAAUUAUUAUGGAAAUUUCCAUGAACGUUCCGUAUCGGACUUGGACAUUGGAAUUCUUGACUCCGACAAAGCUAUAUCCGUGCAUAUCGAGCACUCACGGAAGUUGGAUGCUCGAGAGUAUGCAUUCUUGCAGUGCGCUGUGCUCCAUACGACACCAGAUGGUCAACGCCGUGUCCGAACAUGUAACCUUGCCCUGGAAGUGGCAGACUUGGCCGCCAACGUUUUUAGGUAUGCUGAUAUGGAUGCCGUAGUGUGUCAUCUGGCAAGGGAAUCGAUGUCAAAACUGACUUCACGACGAAUGGCUCACAUUCGAGAAGAGCUGACUGAUAGAUGUUCGUCGUUAUUACUCGGCUAUCGGCGGAAUUGUGCGGCUGCUACCGCUGUCUCUCAGCUAAUUAUACCUGAAGCAUUUCGAGCUCUGCCUGUAUACACCCUAGCGAUCAUGAAGUGCAAACCCCUCAAAGGUCGUAAUGUGUCUGCGGACGUGCGCAACUAUCAUGCUCAGAGGAUCCUAUCUAUGAGCGUGCGCGCAACAAUGCAGCAUCUCUAUCCCCGCCUUCUUGCGCUUCACGACUUGGCAGACGACACAGCGCUUCCAGACCCCACAACAGGUCAGAUGUCUUUUCCGUCACUGAUGCGGGACAGCCACACCUACAUGGAAGCACACGGCGUCUAUCUAAUAGAUAACGAAGAUCUCAUGAUAUUUUGGGUCGGCUCCAGUGUGUCCCCGCAAUUACUUCUUGACCUAUUUGGUGUCGACGACCUCCUAACUCUGGAUCCGAAUAUCAUCCAGCUCCCAGUUCUUCACACUCGAUUGUCUGCUCAGGUUAGGAAUAUACUCACGCAUCGCCACGCUCAGCGAGGUCGCACUCCGAAAAUGCUUCUCGUUCGCCAAAAUAUGGAUGGGACGGAAAUUGAGUUUAGUGACAUGCUUGUCGAAGACCAGAAUAAUGCUGCCAUGUCAUAUUUGGACUGUGAGUUUCAUCUCACAAACGGCGAGCAGUUAUCUGGAGGACCAAGCCUGCGAGGAUCUCCAUGGUAACACCACGCCGUAUCACUAGCACUCUCACAAACACUUGGCAUCAUCUUACAUUCCCGCGAUUUUAUAUAGUUAAAUUAACUGUUUUUUCUAUGCUUCGCUUCGAUUCUCCUAUCAGCCUAUGUAUGCUUAAAUGUUCUUGAAGUAGCGUUUCAGCAUGUGACAGGAGAGCUCCCAUGAUUCCCAUGUGGUGCUGCUACUACACACAGCGUAAUUCGUCGGUCAGUCCAGCCGCUUGUGCAUAUGGG